CAAAAUAUGCUGCUUUUUUUUUCAACACAUAUAGUAAAUAUGAGGAACUGGUUUAUGGAAUUCAUAAACCUUGAGCUGAGUGAAUGACAAUGCUCCGAGGCACUUUAGGUACUUUUGGGUUUUUUUUUUCAAUCUGCUGGAUGAGCCAAUUUUGGUGCUUCCCUCAUCACCAGUUCGUUUUAAGUAGUCGGUGGAAGCAAUCUAAAAAGUCUCUGAAAGAUAUUGAUUCAGGGAGGUUAAUUCCCAAAGUGACAUUUUUCUUUUUUAUGAAACUAAAUUUUCGUAAUUGUAGGAGUCCUUUGAGGCCAUCAAAUAUCGGUUUUCAUCUGCUGUGCUUCCACUUCCCCGGCCAAGUUACUACUAAGCAGGCCCGACUCUGCAUUUUGUUUAUUAAACUCUUCGAUGGCAGCUUGGGAAUUGGCGAUUCUCUGUAAUUUUUCAAACUCUUCUUAUUGUUCUUUUGGUAACUUUGGUGGAGAUGGAGUGAAAUCAGUGCCAAACUUGUUACCGGAGAAGCGAACUGCAGAGGAUGAAAUCCCUCUUGCCGCGAUAGUUUGUUUAAUAGCUGGCCUUAUUCUAAACAU